AUGAAAUUUCCAAAAAAUUUCAAGUUUGCAACUGCAACGGCAGCUUAUCAAAUCGAAGGAGCAAGAUUAUUGGAUGGUUAGUUUCACUUUUCAAAGUUUUUAAAAAUUGUGAUAGAUUUUAGGUCGUGGUCGAAGUACUUGGGAUGAAAUUAGAGAACAGCCUGGAAGAAUUGCAGAUAACAGCAAUAUUGAUUUAUCUUGUGAAGGAAGAUUGAAAUUUCGAGAAGAUGUUGAACUUUUGAAAGAAAUUGGCGUAACAACUUAUCGAUUUUCAGUUUCUUGGAGUAGAAUUCUUCCAAAUGGAGAUAUUUCGAAAGUGAAUCAAGAUGCAAUUGAUUAUUAUCGGGAACUUUGCCAUCUUUUAGUUGAUGCGAAUAUUGAACCAAUUGUGAGUUUUUUUUGGUGAAAGCUGGAACAUAUUUUGAAAUUUUCAAAAAAUGAAGCUCCCGCAAAUUGUUUCAAAUUCCUGAAAAUAUCCCAGACUAAAGUUAAUUUCAAUUUUUUCAGAUCACAUUAUUCCACGCUGACAUGCCACUUCAAGUUUUCGAUUCUGGAAGUUGGUUGAAUUGGAAAAAUUGUCAACAUUUUAUUGAUUUCUCCGAAGUUUGUUUCAAAAAUUUUGGAGACUUGGUGAAAACUUGGAUCACUUUCAAUGAAAUUAAUAUGCAAGCUUGGUGUGGUUUAGUGAAGUUCAAAGGUCAACCUUGGCAUUGUCCAGAUAGACCAGAACCAGAAAAUAAAAAAGAAAUUCCAUAUUUGGCGGCAAGUAAUAUGUUAUUAGCACAUGCUGAGAUUUAUCAUCUUUAUCAAAGAAUUUAUAAGAAAUUGCAAAAUGGAAAAAUUGGAAUUGUGAAUGGUGGAAGAUUUAGUUUCCCAGCAACAGAAUCCGAGGAAGAUAUUGAGGCUAGAAAUCGAGCAAUUGAUUGGUUAUUUAAUUAUACAAUUGAACCGAUAUUUGGAGAUGGUUGGCCAAAAAGAAUGGAAAAAAUGAAUCUAAUGAAAUUCAGUGACGAACAAAAAAUGAAAAUUAAAGGAAGUGCUGAUUUUCUUGGAAUAAAUUAUUAUGUGAGUCAUAAAGUUAAAAAACUUGAAAAACUUGAAAAUGCUCCAUCGCAAUGUGAAGCUGAUGGUGAUUUUGAUUUUGCUGAAGAUGAUUGGGAAAAGAUUUGUGGAGAAACCUGGGUGAAAUAUGUUCCAGAGGGAUUGUAUGAAUUAUUGAAGUAUGUGAAAAACAAAUAUGGUGAUGUUCCAAUUUGGAUAACUGAAAAUGGAUGUAUGGAUAUUGACGGUGAUCCACUUGAAGAUAAUCAUCGAGUUAGAUAUAUUCAAGGACAUUUAGAAGCUGUUUCAAAAGGUUUGGAAAUAUUUCAAAGAUAAUUCAUGAUCUUCACUUUUUUGUCAUCAAUUUUUUGAGUGGUUCAAAAAAUUCUCACGCUGAAACGUUCUAGCCGUUUUUCAAAAUUUGUUUUCCAGCUCUUGUAAAUGGUUGUAACGUGAUUGGCUACACAGUUUGGAGUUUGAUGGAUAAUUUCGAAUGGGAUGAUGGAUUUGCAGUGAGAUUUGGAAUCUGCCGAAUCGAUUUUGAAAAUGAUCCAAAAAAAGAAAAGAGUUCUCAAAAAAUCUGCGAAAUUUUAUAG